AUGGCACUGUCUCCGCGCCUCGCCUUCAUCGAGCUAUUGCCAGAUGAGGUUCUAGUCACCGUUUUCUCGCAUCUGAAACUGGAGAGCCCGUCCGAGGUUACCACAUCGCUCAUUGUCUGUCAUGUUUGCCGGCGUUGGCGCCUGGUCGCCGUCAAUUAUGGUUUCUUAUGGACGCCGAUAACCCCCGCCAUCGGCAGACCCGAGCUUCUAGAUACCGUGAUCACACGCGGGGGCUCGCGUCCCAUGACCUGCAUUGUCCCCAUACGCCUAGGCAGCCGGACGCGACCCAUCAGGGGAAUAUGGGAAGGCACCUUGCGUCACUCGGAUCGCAUCGAAUGGCUCAUGCGCCACAUCCACCGAUUCAGUGCGCUAGAGUUUUGCAUAGAAGACGCCAUCGGGAGUCACACCGGCAAUGUUCUCAACAAGGACGUUUUCAAUAUCAUCGAUCCAGGCUCUCUCGCACAGCUGGAAAGUCUGACGGCAAUCAAUAGCAUGGAUUGUGACAUUAUUCUUCCGACACGUCUUUCCCCCAAUAGGUUUAUAAAGCCUGGGGAAGGUCUCAGCUUGUUACGAGAGCUGUGUCUGACAAACGUGUGCUUCGAAGGAUGGGAUGUCUUGAACGUGAUCGUGAAUGCGCUAGAUGGCCUUCCCCUGAUCACAAAGCUCCACCUGCGGUUUACAAGACGCGGAGGGUUGCUUGAGAACGUCACCGGUCUAUCCGAAAUCAUCUCGCCAAACAAGGCGCGCGGCGCAAAUAUCAAAGACCUGCAUUUGGCAGGGCGCACGGCCGUUGCGACGUCUCUGUUCUGUAGUUUGGCGUUGCCAUCGGACUGUGACGUGAUUGUCAACUGCAUCGAUUCGACUGCAUUGAACAGCGAGCAAAUCCUCCGGCUGUCUCAACACAUAUCUCGUCACUUUGGGUGCACAGAAUCUCGGUCAGGUGAAGCCCUCCGCCUUUCGGAGAGCGACCCCGAAAUUGAGGCGAGAUAUCCAAAGGCAGAGGUCUCUUUGGCGUCCACAGCAGGGUUCAAAUUCCGCACCAUUUCCUUUGCCAGCAGCGCUCUUUACAAGGGAGGGGCAGACUCUUUGUUUGCCGUUUCCGUCCGCGCAAUGUGCAAUUUACGUCUCAUGCGAGUGGUGAUUGACGUCAGUCUACUCGUCGGAUACGGCAACGAGAUCUCCAAUCUGGUUGGGGGAGCAAAGCAUCUUACUCUAAGGGGAACCAUGCAGGCGCACCUCGCGUUCGAGCUUGAGGCCAAUUCAGAGAGGUUGGUGUCCCUUGUGAACCAUCCCUCGUGGGAAACAAUCACUCUGAAAGAGAUGGACUUUAUAUCCGAUGCCGACGUUGCGAGACACAUCUGGGCUUCCUUGUAUGCCCGAAUUUUGGUGUCUGGAAUUGCAGUCAAUGUCAGGCAUUGUCGCCUCAGCGAGGCCAUCAUGAGAAGAGUCGAAAGGCACGGUCAUGGACGAGUCUCAUGGGAUAACAACAUGAUCGAGUAG